AUGUUUCUUGCAGAUACACUAUCAUGGGCAUACAUCCAUGGAGUGAAUAGUGAAUAUAUAGAUGAUGAUGAUGUCAGGGAAACUGAAUAUAUUCCUGUGACAGAAGGAAGGUUGCUUGAAUUGCGCUCAGCCACAAAGGAAGACAGAAGCAUGCAGCUGUUGCAGCAGGAAAGAUAUAAACAAAUGACUGGUCGAGGCCGAGCACGAGGUAGAGGUGGGAGAGGCCGUGGCAAUCAGGAUGGUGGCCCUCCACGUCGUAAUGGUGGAGGAGAUGGUCGUGGAUUUGAUCCUCCCCAAAGACAGCCUGGUCCAAGGUAUCAUGGACCUCCUCAACAACCUAGCCCAGCUCCUGUGCCAUCUGUCUGGAAUACUCCAAGGCAGCAUCAGCAACCACCAUAUCAAAUGCCAGCCCCAUUGCAGGUGCAAGAGCGCCAGGCUGGUGCAGGGGGGCAACCCCAACCUUCAGUUCUGACUUCUGGCAGUGGAGAUGCUGCUACAUCAAUGCCAUCUGGUUCAAGCAGAGCUAGUUAUAGAGGUGGAGCCACCCAAGCUCCUGGUGGCAUUGAAAAACUCUCCUCUGAAUUUUCCAAACUCUCAUUCAGGCGGAUGAGGGAUGAAAAUGUCCAUUCCAGACCAGCAAAUGUUCAUGUUAAGCAAGGGAGUGCAGGAAAAACGCUGGAUCUUUACUGCAAUUAUUUUGAUAUUCUCACAAUGCCUGCAUAUAGUUUGCAUCAUUACCAUGUCACAUUUGCCCCUGAAGUAGAAGGUAAAAAAGUGAGAAAGGGUCUCCUUGAACAGCAUUCCAAAAAAUACUUUGGUGACAUCUACUUAUUUGAUGGCAUGAUGUUAUUUUUGCCAAAACAGUUACCAGAUACCUUGGAGCUUGUCUCUCGUAGUGAUCUCACUAACAGUGUUCACAAGAUCACCAUCACAUGGAGAUGUAAAGUAAUGCGCACCUCCCCCAUUAUCAUUCAACUGCUCAACAUUCUCUACAAACAGAUGCUAAUGUCUUUGAGUUUAGUUCAGAUUGGUAGAAAUUACUAUUCUGUUCCUAAACAGUUUGAUCAAGAAAGUAAAUUGGCAAAGGUACACCGCCUGUCCAUUUUAGAUGGCAUUCAAAGCAGCAUUCUCAAUUAUGAAAGAGGGGCUAUGUUGUGUGUUGAUAUCUCACAUAAAGUGAUGCGAUUGGACACUGUGGCAGAUAUCAUGUUGUCUUGCAAGAUUAAGAUCAAUUCUCCAGGCUGGAAAGAAGCCAUUCUGCGUCGUCUUCUAGGAAGAAUUGUACUCACAAGAUACAAUAACAGGACAUAUCGAAUAGAUGAUAUUGACAUGAACAUGUUACCAACAAGAACUUUUCUCAAACACAACACUCCAAUCUCUUUUGUUGAUUAUUACAGAAAUAAUUAUGGUGUUCAAAUUCGAUAUACUAAUUUGCCAAUGCUGUUGAGUAAACCCAAAGCUCGUGAUAUCCGAAGAGGACAAAACACACCAAUUUAUCUGGUGCCAGAAUUGGUAGCCAUCACAGGUCUUGAGGAUGAAGUGCGAACCAAUUUUGACAUCAUGAGAGAUCUGGCUCAAAGCACCAGGCUGACACCUGAUACCAGGAUUGAUAGAUUAGAGAAAUUUAUUCAAAAAACUCGCCAAAAUCAAGAAGCCACAAAAUUGGUUGCCCAGUGGGAAAUGCAAUUGUCUGAUAAAUUGGCCAAAAUUCCUGCUCGAGUUUUAGAACCUGAGAAAAUAAUAUUUGGCGAGGGUAAAUUUAUAAAAGGAGAAGAGAAUGCUGAAUGGUCUGGUCCAAUGCGAGGCAUUCCUUUGCACUCUGUGAGAAAUGUUGCCAACUGGCUGCUUAUUUACCCCAGAACCUAUUCAAGAAUGGCAGGUGAUUUUGAGGAAUGCCUGAAACGAGUGGCUGAUCCUCUGAAGAUCAAAUAUCAAGACCCUGUCCGUUGUGAGACCCGUGAUAUGGAUCCUUCAGGCCAGGCAUACAUUAGUUGCAUCAAAGAAAAUGUUGUAGACUCUACACAACUUGUUGUGGCACUUGUCCAUGACAAUGCAAAAAGCCGUUAUGAUGCAAUAAAGAAAUUCUGUUCUAUUGAUCAACCAGCAGGGAAGCCAAUUCCAUCUCAAGUAGUUGUGCAAAGGUCUUUAACAAAAAGAAAUACAUUCAUGUCUGUUGCAACAAAAAUUGCUAUUCAAAUAAACUGCAAACUUGGAGGAAUACCUUGGCUUGUUCAUUUACCACUCACUAAUUACAUGAUAGUCGGAAUUGACCAUUAUCAUGAUUCUGCAAAAAAAGGACAUUCAGUUGGAGGAAUUGUGGCCAGUAUGAAUAAAGAUUUGACCCACUGGUAUUCUCGUACAACAUUUCAGACGGCCCAUGAGGAAUUAUCAUCCAAAUUGCAAAUAAUGAUGCAAAUGCUGCUCAAGAGAUAUAACGAGGUAAAUAAUCAUCUACCUGACCGCGUCUUUGUGUACAGAGAUGGUGUUGGUGAUGGCCAGUUGAAUUUAGUGCUAAAUUAUGAAGUUAAGCAAUACCUGGAUGCAUUUGAAAAUUUGGCCCCUAACCACAAAUUUAAAUUGACUGUGGUCAUUGUGAAAAAGAGGAUCAACACUCGUCUCUUCAUGCAAAAUCCAGAUCGUGGCCAAACAAUUAGACGAGGACCAAAUGCAUACAGAGACACUUCGAGAUGGAAGAACCCUCAGCCGGUUAUUCAUAUUGUGACAUUCUCUUACACUUACACACACACACUUCUAGUCUUUCUCCCCCCCCCUUCAUUGUCGUCUUUCUCCCCCCUUCAUUGUCGUCUUUCUCCCCCCCCUUCAUUGUCGUCUUUCUCCCCCCUUCAUUGUCGUCUUUCUCCCCCCCCCUUCAUUGUCGUCUUUCUCCCCCCUUCAUUGUCGUCUUUCUCCCCCCUUCAUUGUCGUCUUUCUCCCCCCCUUCAUUGUCGUCUUUCUCCCCCCUUCAUUGUCGUCUUUCUCCCCCCUUCAUUGUCGUCUUUUUCCCCCCUUUCAUUGUCGUCUUUUCUCCCCCCCUUUCAUUGUCGUCUUUAUCUCCCCCCUUUCAUUGUCGUCUUUAUCUCCCCCCUUUCAUUGUCGUCUUUAUCUCCCCCCAUUGUCGUCUUUAUCUCCCCCCCUUCAUUGUCGUCUUUAUCUCCCCCCCUUCAUUGUCGUCUUUCCCCCCUUCAUCGUCGUCUUUCUCCCCCCCCUUUCAUUGUCUAA